AUGAUAAGGAGUUGGCUGGUUAUUUUUAUCCUUUUUCCCCUGAAGCUCAUAGAGAAAUGUGAGUCGACGGUCGACCUUGCUGUUCCUCCCACUGUGAAGCUGGAAAAUGGGAGCUCAACCAACGUCAGCAUCGCCCUUCAGCAUCCGCUGAAUGCAACCUUGGUGAUCACUUUUGAAAUCACAUUUCAAUCAAAAAACAUCACUAUCCUUGAGCUGCCGGAUGAAGUUGUGGUGCCUCCCGGAGUGACAGAGUCCUCUUUUCAAGUGACAUCUCGAAAUGUGGGACAAAUUACUGUUUUUCUGCACAAAAAUCAUUCCAACCAAACCGGCCCGAGGAUACACUUCCUGGUGAUCCGCAGCAACGUCGUCAGUAUCAUAAACCAGGUGAUUGGCUGGAUCUACUUUGCAGCCUGGUCCGUCUCCUUCUACCCGCAGGUGAUCUUGAACUGGAGGCGGAAAAGUGUUGUUGGUCUGAGCUUUGACUUCGUCACCCUGAACCUGACGGGCUUCGUGGCCUACAGCGUGUUCAAUGUCGGCCUCUUCUGGAUACCACACAUCAAGGAGCAGUUUUUCCUCCAACACCCGAACGGAGUGAACCCCGUGGAGAUUAACGAUGUCUUCUUCAGUCUGCAUGCCGUGGCCCUCACCCUGGUUGUCCUGGUGCAGUGCCUCCUGUAUGAGUGCGGCGACCAGCGGGUGUCCUGGCCCGUCAUCGGCUUCCUGUCGCUCUCGUGGCUCUUCGCGCUCGUCAUCUUGAUUCUGGCCGCAACCGGGGUAACCACAUGGCUGAAGUUUCUCUUCUUCUUCUCCUACAUCAAGCUCGCGGUGACACUGAUCAAGUAUUUUCCACAGGCCUACAUGAACUUUGCCUACAAAAGCACCGAGGGCUGGAGCAUUGGCAACGUGCUCCUGGACUUCACUGGGGGCUGCUUCAGCCUGCUGCAGAUGUUCCUCCAGUCCUACAACAAUGACCAUUGGACACUGAUCUUUGGAGACCCAACCAAGUUUGGACUCGGCGUCUUCUCCAUCUUCUUCGACAUCGUCUUCUUCAUCCAGCACUUCUGCUUGUACAGAAAGAAGCCCGGGCUUCAGGCAGCACCCACAGGUUCUGACAGCCAUGCCACGCAGGACUGGACACGGAGCUGGGAGCAGGCCUUGCCUCGAGCAAUCAGUGUUUCUGGGAGCAGCUUGAAGGACUAA